AUCUUCAAAUAUUUUGCAUUUUUCUGAAAUAAGUCAUUCUCGUAUAAAAUUCCACAAAUUUUUUAAAAAUUAAUUUAAAAUCAUGGUCACCGAAUCAUACGUCGAUGGUUACGAAAAACUAAAACAAUUCAUCGAAAACUUCAAAGAUAACAAGAAAAAUCUGUACAUCUUGUUUACCGGCAAAAAGGACGAAGCAGGAGUCAGCUGGUGUUCCGAUUGUAACGAUGCUGCUCCCGUCAUCAAACAAGCCGUCGAGAAAUUCGCCCCUCAAAACGCGACAAUAGUUUAUUGCGAUGCCGGUGAUCGUCCGUACUGGAAAGAUCCUCAAAAUCCCUUCCGACAUGACGGGACUCUUGGAAAAAUUCAAGUUAUUCCGACAUUUAUUCGAUAUGGCCAACCACAACGCUUAGAUGGCUCGGAUCAAUGCGGAAAACUUGAAUUGUUGGAAAUGUUCUUUGAGACUGAUGAUGAUUGAAAUUUCCUCAUAUUUUUAAAAUAUUCUCUUUAUUGACUGUUACAGGCUAUUUUUUAUUAUCUAAAAAGUACAAUGUGUGAAUAUAAGGUAAUAAUAUAAUAGUAGAUUGAUAAAAAAAAAUUUGUAGGCAUUGUCAUAAACACUUGUCUUU